CUAUUCUGCCCUCGUCUCUUCCGAGAUUGAUUCAUUUCAGUACUCAGCAGAAGUCAGAAAUGGCUUGGCGCUCUGGAUCUCUGUCUCGCUCAUUGAUGAGCGCAGCUAGGGCUUCUCUUCGCCCUUCGCCGCCGUCUCCGCUUCCCCGUCUUCGGCCACCGCCACUUACCGCCCCUCUCCCUUGGCCCCGCCGCUUUUCGUCUGCCACUUCCAGGAGCUUGGGCGAACUGGGAUGCGCUCAAUCGCUUUUGCCACUGCAUAAUACUAGUACCUGUCUCACAUCGCACUUCGCUGUCAGCGCACGGGCUUGUUGCGAGCUGUCCCAUGGUGAUCCUGACUCGUGACUUUGGUUCUAACCCCCCUAGAAUGUUAUCAUUAACCACUUUAAAACGACUUUUUUGACAUCACUCCACACCCUUCACUUUGAAAGACAUGAGCUUUUUUGCCAAACAGUUGGUGUAGUUGCUCCCUGUAUGAAUUUCCUGCUAGGGAGAAAAUGAAAGCUUCAAAAAGCUAGCGCAUGGUUGUAAAACGUUUUAUUCUGUCCAUUCCUUUGGAGUAUGGUUUUAAUCUUAUGUAGUAUACUUAAUGUUGCUAUACUAUCAAAGCUUCUUUCUACUGUUUUAAUUCUUCAGAAUGGUUAAUUAUACUCUUGAGUGGAAAUACCAGUUGUUCGCUAUUGUUAUGCUUA